CUUUGCCACCCACUAAACACUCCCUCCUUUUUUUCUUCCUCUUGUCACUGAUCAUCACUGCAUUCUUUUUUUGCCCAAGAAUUCUACCCUGGAGCUCAUUAUUUGCUACUUCUCUGCAUGAGCUGGAACCUGGAAAACAUAAAAGGAAAAACUUGGAUUCUGUUUCUACAUCUGGCGCCCUUUUCAUGGAGCUGCUAAGUUGCUGCUGGCUCUGGUUAUUACUCCUUUCUGGGAUUGUGGAAAUUGCUUUCUGUGAUCAAGAUGGAUUCUUAAGCUUAUCAUGUGGUGGGACUGUGAGCUACGUCGAUUCCUCUAAUAUUUCGUGGAUACCUGAUACCGCUUACACUAAUGCUGGCAACAUGAGCACUGUGGUUUAUCUUGAUGGUAGCUCCUCAUCUCAAAUUCCAGUCCGGUUUUUUCCGGAUUCUCUUGGUACCAAGUGUUAUAGGCUUCCUACAAAGAAUGUAUCGUCAUUGGUACUUGUAAGAACUCAAUUUGUAUACAAGAACUAUGAUGGACUCAAUAAACCCCCUGCAUUUUCUGUUUCUCUUGGGAGAGCUAUGACUACGACAGUGAAUCUUGCUAAAACCGAUCCAUGGGUAGAAGAGUUCAUAUGGCCAGUUGAUAAAGACACUCUCCCUUUGUGUUUUUACUCUAUCCCUGAGGGAGGAUUCCCUAUAAUCUCUUCCCUUGAACUUCGCCCACUUCCUCAAGGAGCUUACAAUAGUGGCUUGGCAGAUUUCACUAGUAAAUUACUUAGGAAGUCUUACAGGAUCAACACAGGUUAUAUUGAUGGAUCACUGAGGUACCCUCUUGACCAGUACGAUCGUAUUUGGGAUGCUGAUGAGGACUUCAGUCCGCAUCAUGUGUCAACAGCUUUUGAUAUUCAAAACAACUUCAAUCUGUCCAAUCUCAAAGAAACUCCUCCAAUAGCUGUUCUGCAAUCUGCAAGAGUCUUGGCAAGGUGGGCUGACUUGACAUAUAAUUUGCCUAUCGAUGGGCUGGGAGAUUACUAUGUUGUCCUCUACUUUGCUGGGAUUCUGCCAGUAUCCCCAGCAUUUGAUGUACUGAUCAAUGGGGAAGUUGUUCAGUCAAAUUAUACUGUGAAAAGAUGGGAUGCUAAUGCUCUUUUCUUUACAAUGAGGGGAAUCAAUUGGUUGAAUAUCACAUUGAAGAGUAUCAGCUACUACCCUCUCAUUAAUGCACUCGAAGUGUAUGAAAUCCUAGAUAUUCCUUUAGAAACUUCUUCCACCACAGUUUCUGCCCUCCAGGUUAUUCAGCAGUCGACUGGUUUGGAUCUGGGAUGGCAAGAAGAUCCGUGUUCUCCAAAGUCAUGGGAACAUAUAGAAUGUGAAGGAAAUCUUGUUACUUCUUUGGAACUUUCCAGCAUGAAAAUGAGAUCAAUUAGCCCCACUUUUGGUGAUCUGUUGGACCUUAAAGUAUUGGAUUUGAGUAAUGCAUCGCUGGCUGGAGAAAUACAAUACCUUGGGAGCCUGCAGAAUCUUGAGAAACUGAACCUGAGUUUCAAUCAACUGUCAUCUUUUGGGUCUGAAUUGGAGGAUUUGAUGAACCUUCAAGUUUUGGAUUUGCAAAACAACAGUUUGCUUGGAGCAGUACCAGACAGCUUGGGAGAAUUAAAGGAGCUUCACUUACUGAAUCUGGAGAAUAAUGAGCUACAAGGUCCCCUCCCCCAAUCAUUAAACAGGGAAAGUUUGGAAGUCAGAGCAUCAGGGAAUCUGUGCCUGUCCUUCUCCACAUCAUCCUGCACUGACAUUUCAGGCACUAUUGAGACACCACAAGUAACUGUCCUUACACCAAGCAAGAACAAGGGCCACAAACAUAUAGCAGUUAUACUUGGUUCAGUGGGAGGCGUAGCACUAGCUUUUUCAGCCAUGGCAAUUUCAGUGCUUCUCUUCACGAGGAGAAAGAAACCUGAAAGCUCUUCAAAACCAAUAUUAGAUGCUGCAGUGGAUAUACGAAACUGGAAUGCUGCAAGAGUUUUUUCCUACAAAGAAAUCAAAGCAGCCACAAACAACUUCAAGGAGGUCAUAGGCCGUGGUAGUUUCGGAAUGGUUUACCUUGGAAAGCUUCCUGAUGGAAAAUUUGUUGCCGUGAAAGUGCGAUUUGACAGAACUCAGCUUGGGGCUGAGUCAUUCAUCAAUGAGGUUUCUCUUCUGUCACAAAUUCGUCACCAGAGUCUUGUAACUUUGGAAGGAUUCUGUCACGAGUCAAAGCAGCAAAUACUAGUGUACGAGUAUUUACCUGGUGGAUCACUGUCUGAUAACCUUCAUGGUGUAAACAGUAAAAGAAUAACAUUAAGCUGGGUUCGCAGGUUGAAAAUUGCGGUUGAUGCUGCAAAAGGGUUGGACUACUUACAUAAUGGAAGUGAUCCACGGAUCAUUCACCGUGAUGUAAAGAGCAGCAAUAUUCUUUUGGAUUCAGAGAUGAAUGCUAAGGUCUCUGAUUUUGGCCUUUCUAAGCAAAUGACUCAGGGCGAUGCAACCCAUGUAACCACUGCUGUCAAAGGCACUGCUGGCUAUCUUGAUCCAGAAUAUUAUUCCUCUAGACAAUUAACAGAAAAAAGUGACGUCUAUAGUUUUGGGGUUGUACUUCUGGAGCUCAUAUGUGGCAGAGAACCACUGACUCACUCUGGCUCUCCAGAUUCCUACAAUUUAGUCUUAUGGGCCAAGCCAUACUUGCAAGCAGGCGCGUUCGAGAUAGUGGAUGAAAGCAUGAAAGGAACAUUUGAUGCUGAGAGCAUGAGGAGGGCAGCUUUGAUUGCUUCAAGGUCUGUUGAGAGAGAUGCAUUGCGGAGGCCAAGCAUAGCAGAAGUACUGGCUGAGCUGAAAGAAGCCUACAGCAUCCAGCUUUCCCAUCUCGCAGCAAUCGUUUAGUUUAGAUUGUUGUUAUUAUUAUUAUGGAAGGGGUUAUGCCUCUUCUGGGCUUCUUUCAUAGACUUGGUCCAUAGCUUAGUUGAGAGACCAUAAUUUAUGUUAAAUGGAAUUGCACGUAUGUGUAUGAUAUAGUGCUUGUUAAGUUAUUAUCCGUAAAUAAGUAUUUUGCCUUGAUUGAAUCAA